AUGGGCAACCGUAAGACAUCUGGCCUUCUCGCCAUCUUGGCAUCUGCUGUUUCAGUCGCUGCUCACGGCCAUGUCACCAACAUCGUCGUCAACGGCGUCUCAUACCGCAACUACAUCCCCGUCCAGGACCCAUACACCAGUAACCCUCCUCUCGUGGCCGGCUGGACGAUAGACCAGCGCGACAACGGCUUUGUCGCACCUGACGCUUACAAUGCCCCCGAUAUCAUCUGCCACAGACAAGCAGUGUCUGGCAAGGGCCGAAUCACAGUUGCUGCUGGCGAUACUGUGCAGCUCCAAUGGACGGAGUGGCCUGACAGUCACAAGGGACCCGUUAUGGAUUUCCUGGCAAACUGCAAUGGGCCUUGCAACGCCGUUGACAAGACAGCACUCAAGUUUUUCAAGAUUGACGGCGCCGGCCUUAUCAAUCCUCCCCAACAGACAAAUCAGUGGGCGGCAACCGUGUUGAUUAACAACGGCAACGCGUGGUCCGUCCGCAUCCCGCCCAAUGUUGCUCCCGGCCACUAUGUUCUUCGUCACGAUAUCAUUGCCCUUCACAGCGCAGGUCAGCAGAACGGAGCGCAAAGUUACCCCCAAUGCGUGAACCUGGAAAUUACCGGCUCCGGAACGGACAACCCUGCUGGCGUACCGGGAACCGCUCUCUAUGGCGCCAACGACCCCGGUAUCCUGUACAACAUCUACCGGGACAACCUCAACGACUAUGUCAUUCCUGGUGGUGCCAUCAUCUCCGGCGGUAUUUCCAUGCUCCCGCAAUCGAGGAUCCAAAUUAUUGCCUCUGGUAGCGCUACCCCUUACGGCACAACGAUUCGUGCGACCUCAGUCAUCACGGCCUCCGUCCUCAAGCACAAUCAGCUUCGGCAACUCUACUUCGGACACUACCACCCUGAUUCAGACUUCUACUACUGCUGCUACGACGACAAUCACACUGACCCGCACAAGCUCGACCUCGAGCUCAAGCUCAAGCCCCAGUUCCAGCUCAAGUAG